UGAACACUGAGCCCCUCACCCCCUUUACGACCCCAGACAGCUCCACACUCGGCCUCCCUCCCGCUCCUCGAGACCCCUCCCCAGCCCUGCCUCGUUUGCACCUGCCCCGGACCCCAGCGGCCAUAAGGAGGAUGAUGUGGUCCAACUUCUUCAUGCAAGAGGAGGACCGGCGGCGGGCGGCCGUGGGCCUGCGGAGGGCUCGCGGGCAGCAGCAGGCCGGGCUGUCGCCGGAGCGCCAGGGGAAGAUCAAGCUGGCGCUGCUGGUGGCCACCGUGGGCGCCACGCUGUCAGUGCUGUCCGUGGGCACCGAGUUCUGGGUGGAGCUCAACACCUACAAGGCCAACGGCAGUGCCGUGUGCGACGCUGCCCACAUGGGGCUGUGGAAGGUGUGCACCAAGAGACUGUGGCAGGCCGACGUGCCGGCGGGCAGAGAGACCUGCGGCCCCGCGGAGCUGCCCGGAGAAGCAAACUGCACCUACUUUAAAUUUUUCACCACGGGGGAGAAUGCAUGCAUCUUCCAGAGAACCACAAAGAAAGAGGUAAAUCUGGCAGCUGCGGUGAUAGCAGUGCUGGGCCUGGCAGUCAUGGCCUUGGGGUGCCUCUGUGUCAUCAUGGUGCUCAGUAAAGGUGCAGACUUCCUGCUCCGCGUGGGAGCCAUUUGCUUUGGCCUCUCAGGCCUGCUGUUUUUCGUGAGCCUAGAAGUGUUCCGGCAUUCUGUGCAAGCCCUGCUCCAGAGAGUCAGCCCUGAGCCUCCCCCGGCCCCACCCCUGACCUACGAAUACUCCUGGUCUCUGGGCUGUGGCUUGGCGGCCGGCCUGGUCCUACUGCUGGGGGGAGGCUGCUUUCUGCUGCUCACUAUGCCUUCCUGGCCCUGGGGGUCACUCUGUCCCAAGCGGGUGCAACAGGUCACCUAGAGCCACCAGCGUGCUUUCCCUAAGAAACUGCCAAACCCUUCUUUUUCUCCAUUGUUCUUCACAAAAUCAUUUGCUCUAUCUUCCAGUGAAACUGUGUUUUCCCAGCUCCAGGACCCACAUUGUUUCCACAAACCUGCCUUUUUUUCCCUCAUCUUUUUCCUCUGUAAAUAUAUUUUUCUUGGCUGAAUUUGGGUCACUUGGGGGUGGGAUGGGAAGAGGUUUUUGCAACGAGGGUCCCUAGGGAAGGCUGGUGGGGACCUGAUGGGGUAAUUAGGAUCGGGGGUGGGGGGAUGAAGUCAGGGGGUCUUGGGAGGGAGUUGGGGGAACCCCUUCGUUUUCCAAGUCUGAACUGAUUCACUUGCUGCAGAGACUUCUUAACAACUGCUCUGCAGCUCCUUGGCGUAGGGUUGGGGGUAGUGGGGGAUGGGGAGGGGGAAAUCACUGGGUCUGGCCUCCCUCGGAUCUGAUUUGGAAUUAAAGGUUUGAAAAUUUAA